AUAAGACCUUCUCAAAGUGGGAAGUUAGUGAAACAUUCACAAGCUCAAGGAUCGGGUCCUGGUGAUUCCUAUCGGGAAAAACACUCGCAUCAAGAUGACGUUGAAAGAGCAACGCAACCAGCUUCAUCACAACGAUCGAGCCAAGAUCGACGUCAAAUGAGCAUUCACAGCAAACCAAGAUUACCCGUCGCAGACUCCCCGAACAGGAGUGAGAGAAAUUCACGAGACGACAAGUCAGAACGAAAAAGUCGAAAGUCUUGCAUAUGUUGCGCGAAGAAACCAAAAGAUAAGAGAUCACAGUCGGGGAGAGAUGGAUCCUCCAAAGCAGGGAAAUCUGCCAAGUCAGCCAAAUCAGGAAAAUCGGGAAAAUCCAAGAAAUCUGCGAAAUCUGCUAAAAAAUCUGCUGGAAAGUCUGGCAAGUCAGGGAAGUCCGGAAAAUCGAAAAAAUCUGGCAAGUCGGGAAAAUCGAAAAAAUCCUGGAUUUCUUGUAAACUCCGGAGGAAGAGUAAAUCGCAAGGAUCAUCUGCCAGAUCGCGUAAAUCCGACAGAAGUAUUAGUGGGCGAUCGAAACAAAGGAAAAUCCAGUCAAGGAAGUCUUACUCCCGUGAGUUAAAAUUCUGA